AUAGUUUUGCUUUGUCUUGAAGCCUUAAAUAAAUUAAGUCAUCACAAAACGUAUCAAACUUUACUUUCCCAAAAAAACAACAUAAGAGUCAGAACAAGAAUCAUCAAGUUCCUACCCCUUCCUGUUCUUGUUCUUGUUCUUGUUCCUCUUUUCUCUGUCUUUUCAUCACCUUUCUCAGAAAACCAAAAAUCUAAAAAUUCAUAGAAAGUAUGUGUAAUUCAAAUGGUGAGUGCAGACCCUUAGGUUUUCUCUUGGGUCUACCCUUUGCUUUUCUCUGUCUUAUCAUCUCAAUCAUCGGUAUCAUUGUAUGGAUCGUUGGGUUGACAUUGACAUGUAUAUGUCCCUGCUGUUUGUGCUUGACUGUAAUUGUGGAACUUGCUUUGGAAUUGGUAAAGGCUCCACUUCAUGUUAUGGAAUGGUUCACCUCUAAGAUCCCAUGUUGAAAUUCCUUUUACUUUACCAGUUGUAUGUAUCAUAGUAUAGAUUUCUUUAGAAUUGUGUUUCUUUGAUUCUUGUUGCAAUUAAUUCAUUUUCAUCUUUUGUUUUUAGUAUUUUUCAAGUUCUUGAUUUAGCCACUUUUGGAUUGAUUUGUUUGAGUUUAUCUAUGAGAAUAAAAAGUAUUAGUGAGAUUAUUUAGAGAAUUUUUA